AAUAGUGUGUGUUGAGCUUCAGAGGUGAAUCAUUCUCCCGUGAAUUUAGUGGCUGAUCAAUGGUUGCAAAAGACAAAAUGAAAAUACUACUUAUAACUCUCUCAGCUUCGGCUUCUUUAGCGACUCUGGUGUGUCGUGAGAGCGAAUUCUCCUGCGAUGGGUCACGCUGUAUACCCAGGAAGUGGCUGUGCGAUGGCGACCCGGACUGUACUGAUGGAACGGAUGAACUGACUACCAACUGCCCGGCAAAGGUGGGCGACGGGACGAGGUCUUGUCGAGCCUCGGAAUUCCAGUGCGGGAACGGCAACUGCAUCCCCCUGACGUGGAAGUGCGACGGACAGGACGACUGCAGAGAUAACACGGACGAGGAGAACUGUGAAAAAACGUGCAGAGAAACGCAGUUCCAGUGUGUGAGUGACAAACAAUGCAUUACGAAGAAGUGGCGUUGUGACAACCAGAAAGAUUGUCAAGAUGGCUCAGACGAGGAAAACUGUGAAGAGGAAUCAGUGACUGUCCCACCACACAUGUUCAGGUGCGCCUCUGGCAUAACAAUUCCCACGCGUUGGGUGUGCGACGGACAGGAGGACUGCACUGAGGGGUCGGAUGAAAAGAACUGCCCAGGGGGAGAAGAAAAGAAGCCACUGGAAAGAUCGGAUCCUUGUCGAGAUAACGAGUUUCAAUGUGGAGCUUACUGUAUCAUGGCGACCUGGGUGUGUGAUGGAGGAGUCGACUGCCCUAACGGCGAAGACGAGGCAAACUGCGACAAAGAAUGCCCAGAAUCACACUUCACAUGCAGUAACAAGCAGUGCAUUCUUGGGCACUUGAGAUGCAACGGAGAGAAAGAAUGCGCUGAUGGUUCCGACGAAUCUGAAUGCCCCAAAGUACCGGCGGUUACGGAUGCGCCGAAAGUGGAAUGCAAUCUAACAUCUCACUUCUUGUGUUCACUCAACAAGUGCAUCCACCGCAGGAACCUUUGCAACGGCAGAAAUGAUUGUGGUGACUGGCAGGAUGAGUCUGAGGAAGAGUGCGGUGUGAACGAGUGUGAGAGGAACAAUGGGGGUUGUACACACUUGUGCGUUGACUCGAAGGAAGGUUACCACUGCGAGUGUAGAACGGGAUUUCGCUUAGUUGGAAAGUACACAUGUGAAGAUAUUGAUGAGUGCCUCGAGGUCCCAGGAACGUGUUCCCAACAGUGCACAAAUACAAACGGCGGAUACCACUGCUCGUGUCUCCCCGGGUAUGAACGAGACCCAGGCAACUAUACACGCUGUAAGGCAUCGGCAGGAGAGCCUUACCUCCUUUUCUCACACAGAUAUGAUAUCAGAAGCCUUCGCCUCCGAGAUAAUGAUAUGACUUCAGUUGUGAGUGAUGCGAGGGAAGCGACAGCACUGGAUUACCUGUUCACUGGUCACCAAAUUAUCUGGUCUGAUAACAAGGAAAACCAGAUCAUUAGGGCCAACAUUACUACCCCAGAAGAGAGAGAAAUCCUUGUUACUGGAGAACAAGUAUCUGCAGAUGGGUUGGCUGUUGACUGGAUUCACAAUCACAUUUAUUUCACCGACACAGGCAACUUUAAAAUCCGCCUCGUGUCCUGGGAUGCCAAGUGGUCGAAGACAAUUGUACAGGAAGAAUUAGGACAACCAAGAGCAAUUGUUGUUAGUCCCUUAGAUGGAUACAUAUUUUGGACGGACUGGGGAAUGUCCCCCAAGAUCGAGAGAGCUGGUCUGGAUGGUGAGGGUCGCACAGCAAUCGUGACGGCCCCUCAUGUUUAUUGGCCUAAUGGUAUUACUAUUGACCUGCCCAAUAAUGACUUAUACUGGUGUGAUGGAAAGCUGAACACCAUUAGUAAGGCCAGACUAGAUGGAACCCAAAUCGAGGUUGUUUUGUUUUCACCAAGUGUCUUGAGGCUUCCCUAUUCCAUUACUGUGUUUGAAGACAGACUAUACUGGACGGACUGGUCACAGCUUGCCCUCUACAGUGCCAAUAAAUUUAAUGGGGAAGAUAUUCACAAUGUUUCAGCAGGACACUUGCUCGAGUCGCCAAAAGUGGUACACGUUUUCCACGAAUAUCGCCAGCCUAGUGGAGAAAAUGUUUGCAAUGGCCACUCUUGUAGUCACCUGUGUAUCCGAAGUCCUGUGGGUAUGGCGAAGUGCAUGUGUCCCGAUGGAUUGUUACUUUCGACAAGGGAUUCAAUUUCCUGCAUUGAAGGUGAACUUCCAGAUAUUGUGGAGCCAAGCAGUGAACCAGUGAAUCCGCUCAUUCCCAUCAUACCUUCAGACUUUGACUACAACAGUGAAGAAAUCAUUCCCUUGGAAACAAACAAAUAUGAAAAAAUUACAACCCUGGAAAGAUCCAAUUUUAGCCUGAUUUUUGCAGUUGGAGUUGGGUCUGCUGUGGUGCUGGCCAUUGUUGUCAUGGUUCUCGUAGGUUUGUGGAGAAAACGGGUUGCAGCUGAAGUCCCCCACAUGCGUUUCCCAAAUCCUGUUUACCGCAAAACUACCGAUGAAGAAAUGGAUGGUGGUGGCUACAUCAUUGGACAUGAUGAUCUACUAUUUAAACCAACAACUGUACAGUACUCAGAAGGACCAGAUAUUCCUGAAGGAGAUGCGGAUGACACUCCACUUGCUCCAAAGAAGUAAAUAUUGCAAAAAUUGUAUUUAUUAGCAACUAGAAAUGCAAACCAAGAUGGUUAACAGUAUAUAUAUAUAUCUAUCUCGGUGAAACCUGCUGCAUAAUAUUUCAAGUAUAUCUGUAUCAGUCAUAAAGGCAGGUUUAUUUAUGAGGCUGAUUUACGUUUUGCUUCACUUCCUGGAAAAAGUACCUCGCAUUUUCACAGGUAUUCCAGAAUUACAGAUAUAUUUGCCUAAAUAUCACUACACCUAUAGUUUUUAUUAUAUUUAGUAAAUAUUCAAUAGGCAUGCUAGUUGAAAGCUUAUUGAAAUAUAUAUUUUUUCUAAAUGGUUUUGUACUGAAUUCUGAAUAUCUGCAGUGUAAAGUUGGCCACGUAAGACUUGAGAAAUUGUAUCUUUUUGUCUGUGAUAUAAUUGUAUAUUGUAAAUAGUGUAAAUAAGUCAUUUAUCAUAUCAUAUCACAUUAGGAUAUUGGCUUUAAAAUACAAUAUAAAAAAAAUCAAAGAAGUACCCAAAUAUUGGAUCAAUUUAAGUAAAAAAAAAACUGGCUAUGGAGCCAUGAUAUUCACAUGACCUCAUAUCAUCAUUCUUACCAUCAUCAUCAGUAUUUUAAGACAUAUCAGUAAUAUCAUUUGCUUUAAGUUUAUUCUGUUAGUCAGCCAUAACAUGGAACUUGCCAAAGGGAACUGUAAAUGCUCAAUCACCAGUCUUUUCCCUUAGGAGCAUGUCCCUUUGUUCAUAUAUAGAGACAAUAUGAGAUAAGGAGAGAUGUUAUAUAUAUUUUUGUUACAUUGUGCAGUUCUUGUAAAUAUAUUUUAUAAAAUGGAGAAUAUAAGCUGCACUCAUAUUUGAAUAGUAUUAUUGAUGGAUAUAUGAAGACAUUGUAAAGGAUUGUGCUAAUCUCCUUUCUCGUGAAGCUUUUCUAUUAUGCACAUAUUCAUGUAUUGCUGUCUUUUUUAUUUUUUUUUUACAUAUAGAAGUGGCUAUGUUCAGAAGGUAAAUGCAUGUGUAACAUGUUUUCAACAAAAUUUUAACUUUUUGGAACCUGUUAGGCCAAGUACAGUUCUGGUUUAAUUAAAAAUCCAUUAUUGGUAACAAAUAUAAUUUCAACAAUAAUGUUCUCUUGUUUAAUGUGAUAUUUAUGAAAGAUAUCACUUUCACACAUGCAAAUUAGUCACAGGCUGAAGCAGUAAUAAUAA